AGCGGCCGCCGGAGCCGGAGCCGCCGCCGCCGCGCUCCUCGCGGGCCCCCCGCGACUCCCCGCCGCGGGGCAGGCGGCGGCACAGGCGGCGGCGCCGGCGGCGCUCCCUGGAGCUGCGGAACAUAAUGGCCAACACCUUGCUGCUGAGAGCGCGCCGAGGAGCAUUUGGCAGGAAAACUGGUCGUAGUAAGAAGUGGAAGGAGAUGCUGAAGCUACCCCCUGUGUCACAGUGCCUUGAGCUGAGACAUUCCAUUGAAAAGGAUUAUUACAGUCUUUGUGAAAAGCAGCCGAUAGGACGCCUUCUCUUCCGGCAGUUCUGUGAAUCCAAGGUUGGCCUGAAGAGCUGCAUUGAAUUCCUGGACGCAGUGGCAGAUUAUGAAGUGACUGCUGAUGACAGCCAAAGAGACUACGGACUCCUCGUCUUAGAUAAUUUCUUUGAUAAAAAGAUACCAGAAGCUCUUUUACCAGAAAUCCCUCAGCCUGUGGUGUCGACAUGUCGAUUGAAGCUAAAGGAGAACCCUUCCAGAGAAGUCUUUGAGGAGUGUGUGAGGCGCCCAGUAACAAAGAAAACGUUUCGAUAUUACAGGAUUCUAGGAAAAGGUGGUUUUGGAGAGGUUUGUGCCUGCCAAGUGAGGGCUACCGGGAAGCUGUACGCCUGUAAAAAACUAGAGAAAAAGAGAAUCAAGCAAAAGAAUAGGGAAGCCAUGGCUCUGAAUGAGAAGAGGCUUCUAGAAAAGGUGCACAGCAGGUUUGUGGUCAGUUUAGCCUACACGUAUGAGACCAAAGCCUUCUUGUGCCUGGUGCUGACCAUCAUGAACGGAGGUGACCUCAAGUUCCACAUCCACAACCUGGGCAAGCCCGGCUUUGAGGAGGAGCGCGCCGUGUUCUACGCGGCGGAGCUGUGCUGCGGCCUGGAGGACCUGCAGAGGGAGCGGAUCGUGUACAGAGACUUAAAGCCCGAGAAUAUUCUCCUGGAUGAUCGUGGGCACAUCCGGAUUUCAGAUCUUGGGUUAGCCAUUGAGAUCCCGGAGGGGUCCAUGGUUCGAGGAAGAGCUGGAACCGUCGGCUACAUGGCUCCUGAAGUGCUCAGUAAUGAAAAAUACACGUUUAGUCCUGAUUGGUGGGGACUUGGCUGUGUGAUAUAUGAAAUGAUUCAGGGACAUUCUCCAUUCAGAAAAUUCAAAGAGAAAGUCCAGCGGGAGGAGGUGGACCAAAGAGUGAAGAACGACACUGAAGAAUAUUCCAUGAAGUUUUCUGAGGAUGCCAAAUCCAUCUGCAGGAUGUUGCUCACCAAGAAUCCCAAGAAUCGUCUGGGGUGCCAGGGCAAAGGGGCAGCUGAAGUGAAAGAACACCCCAUCUUCAAGAACAUCAACUUCAAGAGGCUGGAAGCACAUAUGCUCGAGCCCCCUUUCAGUCCUGAUCCACAAGCCGUGUACUGUAAGAACAUCCUGGACAUCGACCAGUUCUCUGCUGUGAAAGGCGUCCACCUUGACUCCUCUGACACCACCUUCUACACCCAGUUUGCCACAGGCUCUGUCUCCAUCCCCUGGCAGAACGAGAUGAUCGAAUCUGAAUGCUUCAAGGACAUAAAUGAAAUCACGAACGAGAAAGGUCUGGAUGAUGAGAAUAAAUAUACACCUUCCUCAUCAAAGAAAGGCUUCUUCUAUAGACUCCUCAGAAGCAGAUCUUAUCUUUCUACAGCAUAAAAAUCUAACUUCAUGGGCCAGGAAGGUGCCUCAGAGUGUUGGAGCAUCUGCUUUACGUGUGGGAGCCCUAGGCAGGAUCUCUGGCACCACGUGCUUCUGUCUCGUCCCCAGCACUGAGCUGGAAUGGCCCAGAACACUUCAGUUCAAAAAUCAAAACCAAAGAAAAAGCCAAGCCUCAGGGGUGAAAAUCUCUGGCUCUCUUACAAGCCCACAUUUUCUUGGGGAACCUCCUGCCACCUAUUUCUGAGGAUGGUCCAGUGCUCGGUAGUACCACACAUGGAGCCGCAGCAUGCCCCGCUCAGAGUGGGUGCGUCCUUCUCUGGGCAUCCCUCUGAGGACUGACUGUGCAGAUGACACCAGGGCCCAGGACCCAGUGGCAAUGGAUCUUUUUGAGGAUCUCUGCAUCUGAAGUAAAAUAAUUGUUGUCAAGUUAGUCAAGUUAAACUGACUAAAAACAGUCAAGUUAACCCCACAGUUGUUUCAGCUGCCCCAGCUGGGAAGAGGCCCUGCCCGGGUCGGUGACUGCCCUGCUUCUGCCAUGUUGCAGGGCUGCCUCAGCCCCUGCCCCAAGAAGACAAAGUUGCAGAACAACAGAGACUGACCCUCCCAGAGAGGCCCUCAUGGUGACUUAAAAUAAACAU